CGCGGCAAUCGUUCCACCAGCGCGCUUCGACAGUAACUUGCUCGUUUUGUUUGCGCUUAGUGCACGAAGGAAGCAGUUUUGUAAAGUGAUCUGUUCCAGGUUUAUUUUCCCCAGCAUUUAUUCUGCUUACGAUGACCGAGGCGCAGAUCUGUGAUAUUAGCCCAGAUGCAAAGGAGCAGAUCAGCAAAUUUCGCUUUCGUCGCAAUGCCUCUAACACGGCUCUGAUCCUAAAAAUCGAUCGCGAAAAGCAGCUAGUCACCGUGGACGAGCUGCUGGACGAUGUGGGAAUCGAAGAGCUGCAGGAACAGCUGCCAAGCCACCAGCCACGCUUCAUCAUCUACAGCUACAAGAUGGUGCAUGAUGACUCACGGAUAUCCUACCCGAUGUGCUUCAUUUUCUACACCCCACGGGACAGCCAGAUGGAACUAGGUAUGCUGUACGCCAAAACGCGUAUGGCCUUACAGCGUGAGGCGGAUCUGACGCGCUACUACGAGAUCCGCGAGCUGGACGACAUGACGGAGGAUUGGCUAAGGGAGAAGCUGCGAUAAACUGGUGCCACUUUGCGAAACGAAAACCACAUCACCAGGGAGAGCACCUUGCACAGGCAUACACACACAUCGCACACGCACAACGAACGUGCACGUAUCGCACCUAGCAAUGAAUGAUAGCCCAGUAGAGAUUCGAUAAGGAGUUUGCCAAAAAAAAGAAGAUAAAAAACAAAUCGAAAAAAAAGUACUCCAAAUGCCAGACAAAAAUAAUCAGAAACUAACAGCUUUUAGUAAUGGGUUUUUUCCAACCCGCUUAAGAGUACGGUGCGUAUUUAGACAAAUUAUUAACGUAAACGUAUCAACUAGCGCAGUAUUUCUCGAACGAUUUUCCGUUCCGUUCCGUUCGAUUCAGUACCUCCAGUAACUGAAUAUCAUCCGGGACGAGUAGGAGAGUAAACAAAAACUACAGACCACUAAACGGCUUUUGCUGACAAAAGAUACAAACAAAUCAACUACAUAUGCAGGAAUAUUGAGAUAGAUUAUUCGUAUGCAACGACGAUAUUAUAUCGCGUGUGAUAGAAGCUAAUAGCUACUAACCAACCGUGUCCGUGUUAGAAGAUGAAGUAUUCCUACCCGCGCUUAGAACGCGGCACAUUACUCGUAUCGUAGUUUACUAGUGCGAGCGCGAAGAGCAAUAGUGCAUUAAGUAUGUCUUUCCGUUUCUAAGGCGGCACAAUUUACCGAGACGAGUACAAUAUUGAUGGUGAUUUUUGUGUGGAAUUUUUGUUCGUUUCCUUUGUUGCGUUUACUGUAAGCGUGAUACAGCGUUGUAUCAUUUUCGACUGAAUACAAAGACGAUCGUGACAAGCGCGCGAUAGAAACGCCAAUAGUGAUCACAAAACGGCUGAUGAGAAUAGCGUCAUGACAUCCUUCCUACGGUUAGCGUACCGUAUGCCGAGGCAUUCGGCGACAGCGUAGCGCUAAAAUAGGGCUUUGAUUUGGUCAUUUUCCUGGCCUGACCUGUACUUUAGUCAUUGUGUUACCGUAUAGCGUAUC